AUCAGACAUAAUCAAUUAUAACUUUAGCCAAAGAAUAAUAAGGGUAGUAAAAAAAAUCAUUAAAAACCAAAGAGAAAAAGAAAAAAUAAGGCUCUAACCAUGUGAGCUUGCAUGGCACUAGUGUAACGUAGUAAGUAGUAACUGCCCACUACCCCUAUAUCUCCUCCAACUUCGCCAACCCCUUUAUAUAUACACAUCAAAUUCAGCCAGUUUCAUUGCAUAUGCACUCAUUCGCUUCUUGCCAUUCUUCUUUGAUGAUGAUGAUGAUGAGUUCCAUGACUACCUCUGUUGUGUUUGUGUUGGCCAUUUUCUUGGGUUUUCAAUAUGUGGCUUCCCUUGAGUUCGACGUGGGUGGCCCUAAGGGGUGGGUUGUUCCGCCUUCUAAUGACACCAACAUCUACAAUAUCUGGGCUUCUCACAACAGGUUCCAAGUUGGUGACUCCAUCCGUUUCAGGUACAGGAAGGACUCAGUGAUGGAGGUGGGUGAGGAAGAUUACAAGAGAUGCAACUCAACUCACCCAACCUUCUUCUCCAACAUUGGCAACACUGAGUUCAAGUUCCAACACUCCGGGACAUUCUACUUCAUCAGUGGCGCCACCGGGCACUGUGAGAAAGGACAGAAGAUGGCUAUCAGGGUUUUGGUUCCAGAUGACCAUGACAAGUCUCAUGGACACCAUGAUGCAGUUACACCCUUUGCUGGAGUCUCUGGAAUAAUAAUAACCCUCUUAUUCCUUCCCUUUGUUUUGGCUUGUGAUGCUUUUGGUUCCUAUAUGUAAUGUAAUGUAAUGUGAUUUUAGUGUAGUAUUGUUCUUAUUAGGAAAAUUAUUGUGUUUGUGUGUGAUGCGAUUUGUUCUUAUUAGGUGUUUUUCAUUCCAGUAGUAGUGAGGGAUUUUGUAUUGGAACCUAUUAUGCAUUUCUGUUAUAUAUGGUGUAUUGAUCUCUGUUUCAUUUAUAGUCUAAUUUUGAUAUCCUAGUAGCAUAAAGAGUUUUACACGAUUGUAUUAUGUCUUAAAAUAGAGCAUAUAGAAUCAUAAGCAUAAAAAGCAAUCAUCCGAAUUGGUACAACACUUUUCCACUUUUCAUGAGUUCAAACUUGCAAUCACAUGCUAAAAAGCAAAAUUAUUUCACUAUGAUAUUCUAAACUCCUUUAUAUAGCAGCUAUAUUUCUUCUUGGCAUUUUCCAAUCCGCAAUCCAAAAAAA